AUAGGCGAGCAGACGCGUAUUCAAGUCGCCGUUCUAGAGCCGUAUCUUUCGGUGUACUCGCUAUGUUAUAAGAAGCACCGGUUGAACUUAAGAUAAAACAAUGUAAGUGGGAAAAACUUAUUAAGUGUACAUUUAUUCAUUUAUUUAAAAUUUAAUGAAAUUAAUGCUAUAUGUUGAAAUUAACGUAUUUAAAAGGCUUGUACUAUGCAAACAACUGCCUUCAUACUUAAUAAAAGUAUAAAACCACAGGGAAAAUAUGUUGCUGUUGUUUAUUUGUGCGUUUCUGUCAUCACCUUUGGCUAGUGCGGUUGGUCAAAAAACAACAUUUAAAGUUCCAAAAUAUAAUCCCCUGCCAACGCAAUUAAAGAUACAAUCUACUAAGUUGAAAUUGAAUAUAACUCUAGGACUUAAUGGAUAUGAUUACAGCAUUUUAAAUACAACUGUCUAUGGAUUAAAUUCAACUGAGAAUAUAGAUUUAGGACCACUUCGUGCCAAGGGCUAUUCACAUCCUGAAACUGGAAGUUCAAUUGUUGCCUCUGAAGAAGGACCCUGUAUAAGACUUGACGGUUUGGUGAGGAGACAAGACGGAAGUGGGCCGUUUAAAAUUAGGCCUGUUAAUAGUAAUUGCGAUACUUCAUCUCUUGACUCUGGUGAUGAUUCCAGUUUAGAACAUUAUAUUGAAGAAAUUAUAGUACCUGAAAGCGAAGCAGGAGAUAUCAAGGAUUAUGUAAAAAAAGAGAAAUCCGACAAUGAAGGAGGACCUAAAGUUAAAGCUGCCAGAGCUGGACCAGGCCAAUACGAAGAUUAUCACAUCGAAAGCCGAGUCUAUACUGAUUCUACAAUGUAUAAUCGCUUCUUGACUCUCAAUGGACAAGAUCAAGCAAGAGCCUUAUCUGGAUUGAGAUUGUACGUUGUUGCCCAAAUGAAUCAAGUUGACACAGUUUAUAAAAACAUUGAUAGGAAUACUUAUCAAUUUCAAGUGUCGGUUUGGUUGAAAGAGCUAAUUAUUAUAACAAAUCGUUUUAAUCAACUUGAACAAGAUGUUUAUCGUAAUGCCAUACCUGAAGGUAUUCAAUCCACUCCUCAAACAACGUAUAUCGACAGUGAGAAGAUGCUGAAUAAUCUUGAAACAUUUUCAAAAGCACAAAGCUGGUCGGAUUAUGAUUAUCUGUUCUGGAUAACUAAAUAUAAUCUUGCUGCGUAUGCAAAUGGUCAAAGGAUGAGUUCAAGUAUAGUCGGACUUGCGCCAUAUGCUGAAAACGCGUUUGGUAUUUGUGGAAACGAUGGAAGACAGACAAUUAUAGAAGAUGAUUUAAAUACAUGGUCUACAAUGGCUCAUGAAUUGGGUCAUUCUCUAGGCUGUCAACAUGAUGGCACAGGUACCAAUACAUGUGAUUCUAGACAGUCUUUCAUAAUGACUGCCGAAGGUGGAGAUGGAAAUUUAAACACUAUCGCCAAUCGUUAUAGAUGGUCCCAAUGCUCUAUUAAUGAAAUGAGAACUAUUCUAAGAGGCACCAACUCCAACGGAUACGAAAGAGUUUGUUUAUACAAUAGACCUUGUGCUCACGCUGGAUUGGGUGGUGUAAGUCCAACAACAGGCUUCCCCGAUGUGUCUGGGUUUUCAACAGCAGAUGAACAAUGUAGAAGACUAACAUCAAAUCCACUAUGUCCUUUUGUCCAGGAAAACAACCCAGAUAAUUGCAAGCAACUUCAAUGUAGACUGAGUAGUAAUCAGUGUACUCUACACACACCUGGAUUACUACCGGGAAGUAGAUGUGGAACAGGAAACUCGAAUUGGUGUCAGAAUGGAUUAUGCGUCCCGAAGCAAUCAACAAAUCCCUCUUCAUGCUCGUCAGUUAAUCUUGAUACAACCAUUAAAUCUUCUUGUCAGCAAAGAGAUGAUUCAAACGUUGUUGUGCAAUUUAGUGGUCUACGCUGUCCUCAGCACUUUAUUAGAUUUCCUCAUCAUUGUAUAACCAGAAAUGAUGUUGCUACCCUCUGUUGUUUUUCAUGUCAAAGAAAUGGUUGGCAAGCACAAUCUACCAACAUAUUAUCGCUAACUACAACAAAUUUCUGUAGCCCUAAUCCUUGUCGAAAUGAUGGUAGGUGUAAUUCGCUUCCAACAGGAUUUCAGUGUUCAUGUCGACUUGGAUACUCGGGUAACAUUUGCGAUGUAUAUGUUUGUUCUCCUAAUCCUUGUUUUAGAGGCCAAUGUUCUCCUCUAAAUUCAGGCUUCUCGUGCCGCUGCGAUCAAGGAUGGUCAGGAGAAAGAUGUGACCAACAAUCAGACAACUGUCCUUCUGCAAAUGUAUGUAAUAAUGGACGAUGUAUUUCAGAGACUAAUAGCUAUAGGUGUGAGUGUAAUGUUGGGUGGAGAGGCAAUACUUGCAACGAACGCAUAGACUAUUGUCUCAACCAUGGUUGUGUAAAUGGACAGUGCGAAUCUUUGGUGGGUAGCUAUCAGUGUCGGUGCAAUAGCGGAUGGACAGGAAGAUUAUGUGAUCAACGGUCAACUUUCUGUACACCGAAUAUCUGUAAUAAUGGACGGUGUAUUUCGGAAGCUAAUGGCUAUAGAUGCGAGUGUAAUGUUGGGUGGAGAGGCAAUACUUGCAACGAACGCAUAGACUAUUGUCUCAACCAUGGUUGUGUAAAUGGACAGUGCGAAUCUUUGGUGGGUAGCUAUCAGUGUCGGUGCAAUAGCGGAUGGACAGGAAGAUUAUGUGAUCAACGGUCAACUUUCUGUACACCAAAUAUCUGUAAUAAUGGGCAGUGUAUUUCGGAAGCUAAUGGAUUUAGAUGCAGUUGCAAUGCAGGAUGGCAAGGUAGAUUUUGCAAUCAAACCCUUGAUAGUUGUUCCAACAACAGAUGUGUGAAUGGGCGGUGUGUACCGUUGGUUGCAAGCUAUAGAUGUGAAUGUAACGUUGGAUGGGGUGGUACGUACUGUAAUGAAAAUCGACUUUGUCAAGCAAACACUUGUGCAAAUGGUGGAACUUGUGCAGUUGUGAACAAUGACCAAAUCAAGUGUCAAUGUCUUCCAGGAUAUUAUGGAGCAAAAUGCGAGAGCUAUGCAUGCGCUCCUAACCCUUGCCUAAAUGGCGGAACAUGUCAGCCAGAACUUGGUGGCUAUAAAUGUAGCUGUCUAUCAGGGUGGGUCGGAUCAAAAUGUGACAUUCGAGAAACUAAUCUUUGUGCGAACAAUCCUUGUUUAAAUGGUGGUACUUGUUCUCUAUCAGGAGACACUUUCACAUGUCAAUGUGCAACAGGAUUCACAGGGAGAAGAUGUGAAAAUAAAGAAAACUUCUGCAAAGAUUCCCCUUGCCUAAAUAACGGUUUUUGCACAAGUUUGAGUACAACUUUCAGAUGUCAAUGCCAAUCUGGUUUCACUGGCACCCGAUGUGAAACUGUUAUAAGUAACUCUUGUAAUCCAAAUCCUUGUCGUAACAAUGCUAGAUGCAUUGAUUUAACUGGAGGUAGUUACAGAUGUGUUUGCGAAAGUGGUUGGACUGGUCAAACUUGUAAUGAAGCAAUAAAUACUUGUGCUGGUGAUCCUUGUCGAAAUGGACGAUGUAUAUCUAGAGCUUCAGGCUUCGAAUGCCAGUGUUUUAACGGAUGGAGUGGAACCAGAUGCGACAUUGCAAUUAAUAAUUGCAUACCGAAUCCUUGCUAUUAUGGCCAAUGCCUUGUUCAAACCGACUUGGUCAGAUAUCCUCGAGGCUUUACUUGCUCUUGCUCAAGCGGUUGGACUGGUGAUUUUUGCUCUAUAGCUACUGUUUGUAAUCCCAAUCCUUGCUUCAACGGUUAUUGUAAUGCCAUUGACCGAAGUCCCGGAUACAUUUGCGACUGCUUCGCUGGAUGGAACGGAACUAAUUGUAAUAUUGGCCUAGUAGGAGUUUGCAAUCCAAGUCCCUGUAUUGCAGGACAAUGCGUGGUAACACCCAAUACUUUAUCUGGCUAUACUUGUAACUGUUUUUCGGGUUAUACUGGACAGUUAUGUAAUUUAGUCAUUUCUAAUGCUUGCUCACCGAGUCCUUGCCGGAACAACGGUAACUGUGCCUUAACCGGAAAUGGAUAUAUUUGCAAUUGUCCCGCUGGAUAUUCUGGAAGAAAUUGCGAAUAUCGUAGAAUACGUAAUUAUUGUACUCCGAAUCCUUGCCUCCAUGGUGGCCAGUGUCGUUUGAUUGAUGGAGGAAUCGACUUUCGAUGCGAGUGUACUGCAGGUUAUUCAGGGACAUAUUGUGAGAGUUCCGCCUCAGCAUGUCAAGUUAAUCCCUGUCAGAAUGGAGGAACAUGCCGAGCCGAAGGAAAUACAUUUACUUGUUUAUGCACUCCUCAAUGGUCUGGAAGAACUUGUACGACAGUGGUAUCAAAUCCUUGUACCAAUAAUCCAUGUCGAAAUGGAGCUCAAUGCGUAGUUGAAUCCUCAGGCGUGUCGUGCAUAUGCACUACCGGGUGGUAUGGACAAGUUUGUGAUAGACGUGACUACUGUGCUGCUAAUCCUUGUCUUAACGGAGGAGCUUGCACAAAUCAGGCAAAUACAUUCUCCUGUACCUGUAUAACUGGAUAUACAGGAGAUAGGUGUGAAAUCCCGCCAGCUGGUCUGUGCACUGACGGUAGAAAUCCAUGCAAACAGGGAACUUGUUCAGUAAAUAAUGAUGGAACGAGCGUCUCAUGUAGAUGUCAGGCAGGGUGGCAAGGUCCUGUAUGUGAUCAGAGAGUUUUACUUUGUCCCACUUAUGCUAGUUUAUGCAAAAAUGGUGCUGAAUGCCGGGAAUCUGAGAUACCAGGAAGGAUAGUUUGUAUUUGCACAAGUGGAUGGGAAGGAGGUUUUUGUGAUCAGCGGGUUAACCAAUGUAGUAACUUCCCUUGUCAAAAUAAUGGAGUUUGUCGAAUUGAUUCCGGUACUCAAAGACCUUUCUGCCAAUGUGUUGGAAAUUGGAGAGGAACCUAUUGUAAUGAAACUACAGGCAAUGCUUGCUCAACGAUACCUUGCUUAAACAAUGGAGAUUGUACACUAAUUUCAAGCUCGCCAGGCUAUAGGUGCACUUGUAGUGAUCAAUGGACUGGAGAUAGGUGCCAUUUAAGAAACAUGUGUUACAGUAAUCUAUGUUCAAAUGGAGCAGUAUGUCAACCAGAAAAAACGGGUUACCGAUGUAUAUGUACCAUGGGUUAUGUUGGUCCUAUUUGUGAGCAACGAGUCCAAUGUAAUAACGGUCAAUGCCAGAAUCUAAAUACAAAUUUCCAGUGUGUCUGCAACCCAGGAUGGAGAGGAACCUUUUGCAAUAUUGCAGAAGUAACUGGGUGCAACAAUUCACCAUGUAGAAAUGAUGGAACCUGUAUUACUCAAGGGAGCUCAUACACAUGUCAAUGUACCCCUCAAUGGACAGGACGGGAUUGCACUGAAAGAAGUAGCUAUUGCUCAGGCACAAAAUGUAAUAACGGUCGCUGUAUCGAUUUACCUACCACCUAUAAAUGUGAAUGUAACAGAGGAUGGUUUGGCGAUUUAUGCAAUAAAAGGGAUUUGUGCUUUCCGAAUCCUUGUUAUAACGGAGGAACUUGUUACAUGGGUGGCUCAACUUUUGGUUGUCGUUGCUUGAAUAUCUUUUCGGGUUCCCGAGUGAAUCCGUGCUCGGCUGGACCAUGCAAAAAUGAUGGAACAUGCAGACCAUUGGUUGAUGGUACAUUCUCUUGCGACUGUCGUGGGGGUUACAUUGGACUGACGUGUGAAGUCUUUGCACCAUGCGAGUCUAGUCCAUGUAGAAACGACGGAACUUGCUCCAUUAGUGGCAAUACCUAUACAUGCCGAUGCCAACCUCUAUGGGCAGGCGAUGAUUGCUCUGUUAGUAGAUGUGUAAUCGUAAACGGUGGUUGCGCUAGAGGAUCCUGUGUUAUUAGUGGUAACACUGUUCGUUGCCAAUGCCCAACAGGCUAUACAGGUGAAAGAUGUAACAUUCAAAUUGGCGGUGUUACUUGCAAUCCAAAUCCUUGUCGAAAUAGCGGAACUUGUUAUAUCGAUGAUGUAACAAGGGAAACAAGGUGUUCUUGUGUAGAUAGAAGAUGGGCUGGUCCUACCUGCAGUGAUGCUGUUUGCACAAUUCUAAAUCCAUGUGUAAGGGGAACAUGCAUACCACAAGGUAAACGAUAUAAAAUAUCUAAAUUACUGAAAAAGCUUAAGAGUCAUUGUGCUUUAUUUUAUAUAGUAAAUACUGACCCAACAUGCCAAUGUCCUUCCGGUUAUGCUGGAAGUAGAUGUGAAACUUUCGUAGGAUCAAAUGCAUGUAAUCCUAACCCAUGUCGAAACAGUGGAAUUUGUUCUGUAUCGGGAAGUACCUUCUCUUGCGAUUGUAGAGACAGACGUUACACAGGAUCAACCUGCACAUUGAACAUUUGUGAUGUUAACAAUCCAUGUAUCCGAGGAACAUGUAUAGGACAAGUAAACGAGAAUCCUAGAUGCCAAUGUCCUUCCGACUAUACUGGAGAUAGAUGUCAAACUUUCAUAGGAUCAAAUGUAUGUAAUCCUAACCCAUGCCGAAACAGCGGAAUUUGUUCUGUAUCGGGAAGUACCUUCUCUUGCGAUUGUAGAGAUAGACGUUACACAGGAUCAACCUGCACAUUGAACAUUUGUGAUGUUAACAAUCCAUGUAUCCGAGGAACAUGUAUAGGACAAGUAAACGAUAAUCCUAGAUGCCAAUGUCCUUCCGACUAUACUGGAGAUAGAUGUCAAACUUUCAUAGGAUCAAAUGUAUGUAAUCCUAACCCAUGCCGAAACAGUGGAACUUGUUCUGUAUCGGGAAGUACCUUCUCUUGCGAUUGUAGAGAUAGACGUUACACAGGAUCAACCUGCACAUUGAACAUUUGUGAUGUUAACAAUCCAUGUAUCCGAGGAACAUGUAUAGGACAAGUAAACGAUAAUCCUAGAUGCCAAUGUCCUUCCGACUAUACUGGAGAUAGAUGUCAAACUUUCAUAGGAUCAAAUGUAUGUAAUCCUAACCCAUGCCGAAACAGCGGAAUUUGUUCUGUAUCGGGAAGUACCUUCUCUUGCGAUUGUAGAGAUAGACGUUACACAGGAUCAACCUGCACAUUGAACAUUUGUGAUGUUAACAAUCCAUGUAUCCGAGGAACAUGUAUAGGACAAGUAAACGAUAAUCCUAGAUGCCAAUGUCCUUCCGACUAUACUGGAGAUAGAUGUCAAACUUUCAUAGGAUCAAAUGUAUGUAAUCCUAACCCAUGCCGAAACAGUGGAAUUUGUUCUGUAUCGGGAAGUACCUUCUCUUGCGAUUGUAGAGAUAGACGUUACACAGGAUCAACCUGCACAUUGAACAUUUGUAAUGUUAACAAUCCAUGUAUCCGAGGAACAUGUAUAGGACAAGUAAACGAGAAUCCUAGAUGCCAAUGUCCUUCCGACUAUACUGGAGAUAGAUGUCAAACUUUCAUAGGAUCAAAUGUAUGUAAUCCUAACCCAUGCCGAAAUAGUGGAGUAUGCUCUGUGUCGGGAAGUACCUUCUCUUGCGAUUGUAGAGAUAGACGUUACACUGGAACAACCUGCACAUUGAACAUUUGUGAUGUUAAUAAUCCAUGUAUCCGAGGAACAUGUAUAGGACAAGUAAACGAGAAUCCUAGAUGCCAAUGUCCUUCCGGUUAUACUGGAAGUAGAUGUGAAACUUUCGUAGGAUCAAAUGUAUGUAAUCCUAACCCAUGCCGAAACAGUGGAAUUUGUUCUGUAUCGGGAAGUACCUUCUCUUGCGAUUGUAGAGACAGACGAUUUGGCGGUUCAACUUGCGAUAGAGAUAUUUGCCAAAUCAACCCUUGCUCAUCAGGAACAUGCGUACCAGAUAGGACAAACGGAGCAACCUGCAUAACGCCUGGCUGCACAAAUAAUCCUUGUAGAAAUGGUGGAACAUGUUUGGAAACGGUUUUUCCAAAAGAGGAAGUGCCUUUUAUAUGCGAAUGCAGAGGAGCUUGGAGCGGCCUUACUUGCGAAACACCAGCUCCAAGAACAGGCCCAUGCCAAACAAACCCAUGUAGAAAUGAUGGUCGAUGUAUUAUUUUAGAAGACUCUACUUCCAGAUGUCAUUGCCAAGCCGGUUACUACGGGGAUACUUGCGAAUUGCCUGCCUCAAGCACUUCAUCAUGCUUAGAUGCUGGAGGUAGAGCUCACUGUGUAUAUUUACGAGAAUCUGAUCGGUUCAAAAUAUGUGAAGCGCAAAGAAACUCAGCAUUAGAACGAUGUAAAUUUACUUGUAAUUUAUGUGGCAUCCCAUCUACAGCCGCAAAGCGAGAAAAAGAUGACUAG